UUUUUAAAUUGCUUGUUUGAUUGCUUUCAUAAACAUUUAAGUAAUUUUAAAAUAAUUAUGUUGCAAUUUUCCAACAGUAAAACAUAAUAUUUACUUUUAUGGCUUAUUAUCUNUAUAAUAUUCCUUAUGAUUUUUUAUACUAUAACAAUGGUUUUUGAUGCUCAAUCACGCAUAAUAUACAUAGGAACCCUAUAAUUAUGUUUAGAAUAUUUAAAUUAAUAACAAUAAGCAAAAGGUUUUAAAAACUUGAUGACAUAUUUUAAUGACGUAUUCUUAAUUGUUUUUUUCUAUAUAUUGACUAACCAAAAAGAUAAAUCAUUUUAUUAAAUAAAAAAAUAUAUAAUAUGAAA